AUUUACUCUGCGAUGUCGACUGGCGAGGUUAUAAAAGACGAGCUACAGCGGAGGUCAAGGACAGCAAAAAACCUACCAUCUGCUUCCUCCUACACUCAGUCAACUCAUUAACCGAUGCCUUCUUACACCUCGUUCGCCGUGAUCGGAGCUGGCACUCUUGGUGGCCCUAUCCUAGCCGCCCUCGCCGCCCAGCCAUCGGUCAAAGUGAUCUUGCUCUCCCGCACCGCGUCCAAGAAGGCCCCGGAGAACGUCCAGGUCGUCCAAGUCCCGUCGUACGACGACGUGCCAGCUGUCACCGCCGCACUCAAAGCGCACAACGUCGAAGUGAUCGUGUCCACAGUGACCACGGAGGCCAUUUCCGCUCAGGCGCCUCUCGUCGACGCGGCGAAGCAAGCUGGUAUCAAGCUGUUCGUGCCGUCCGAGUUUGGCACCUCGACAGAAGGGUAUACAGAGGGUCCGUUCGCCGAGAAGAACAAGAUCAUAGAAAAACUCAAGAGCGCUGGCGUGCCGUACCUCCGCAUUUUUAACGGAUUAUUCAUCGAGUUCGUGACCUGGACCGUGAACUACAACGCCGAGGCGAAGAAGCUGUACGUGGUCGGUAAAUCGGAGGGCACUGUUUCUGCCACGUCGAUCGGAGAUGUCGCUGGCUUCGUUGCACAUGUCCUCACGCACCAGCCUCGUUCUGUUCUCGAGAACCAGAUCGUGCGCAUCGAAGGCGACCGGAUUGCUGGCUAUCGAUCCCUCGGGGCACUGUUUGGUGCGGAAGUUGAAACGGUGGAAACGCUGGAAGGAGAGAUGGCGGACCUGAAGGUGUUCUUGAUGAGCGUCGCUGACCAGGGUCUGGCGACCACUGGCCGGGGCGUCAAAGGUGUAUCUGACGAAGUGGCCUCGAAGAGCGGAAACGCGUUGUGGGCAGGCCACCAGUGGAAGACCGUUAAAGAUGUUUUUGGUCUUUAGAGUCACGUAUACAGAAGGCUAGUCAACAUGCAAGAAAGGAUGUCAUGUGACGCUACGUUACUGGCUCUUUGAAUCUCACAUUGGGAUCUAUGGAUCUGUCACUCUGGGCUGAAGUCUGCCACAUCAGUCUUAUCAACCUAGGAAUGUACAGAAGAUGAGAACGACGGAAAGAAUACUUGGCCACCUCUCGAUCGAGCCAUCCCUUCCUUGACACCC